UACACACUUAAGGAAUUUUCAGUCGCGUUUGCUUAAGCUUAUUGAAAUGUUUAUGUAAAUCAGCAAUUGAAGAAAGAAAAACAAUUAGAAAUGCAGCUUCUACUCCUCAUCGUGGCAUGGCUUGGUGUGGAAAGUGCCAGGGCCUUCAAGUUACAGCUGCAGGCGAAUGUUGGAGAAUUGUUUACCUAUAAAAUUGCACCGCAACUUUUUAACUGGACGCACCAAGUGAUUGGCGAACAGUUUCGGUAUAGACCUUCAUUGCAGGAUUACCCAGAUCUGCCCAGCUGGAUGCGGUACAUGUACAGUCAUGAGUACCAUGCUGGAUUCAUAUAUGGAACGCCGCCAAUCUCUGCAGCGGGCAAAUCUCUCAAUUUCGAUGUCGUGGCCUUGAAUCGACAGAAUUACGAGACUCGCCAGUUGAUCAUCUCAAUGUUUGUAGCGCACAAAUUUAUAACACCAAAUGUGGUGCAAAUGAAAAUCGACAAUCUCAAUUGGGUGCAUCUAAUGGAUCCGGGACGUGUGGAAAACUUGCGUAACAUUUUCCGCAAGGAUCUCUGGCCCGGCAGCAAAGAGGAUCUGAGCGUUGUGUUUAUGGAAUCGGCUGUCAAUAUGGGCGGACGUUUGCCACUGCGUCCACAGCAGCGCGAAGGAGUGAUCGUGCACGUUGGAAGCUUUGCACAGUUCUCACCACGACUGAAGGAACUGCAGGAAGAAGUUCGUCCUUUGUACAAGUUGCCCUCCUGCACCUACAAACGAACAUCGGUUCAAAAGAUAUUUGAAAAUGUUGGCUUCAAACUAGAUUGGUGUGCCUUUAAAAUGGUGGGCAUAGAGUCGCCCACUGAGGUACUCUAUCACAAUAACCAUGCCAGUGGGCGUCUGGACGAGCAUCAAAAGCAACCACAUAAUACGGAGGUGCAGCAUCACAAUGAAAACUGGAUGGCCAUUUCACGCGAGGAUGUUCCCAUGCGCAAUUACAUCGAUGAGUUUGCCUUUGCAUUUGCCAUUCCGGGCAUGAUUCUGGCCGUGCUUCUGGGCAUGCUCUCGGCUGUACUCUGCUUUCAGCACCAUAAGUUUUACGAUCCACAUUCUGAGUUUUUCUUUGCCAAUAUUUUUCACAUUUGCGAAGAGUCGUGCGAAAAACCGCAGAGCGAUUCGGAAGAUGACAGUUCCAUCCACAUGGAUUAUCCAAUGUCAUCUACCGUACAAAUGGUUCAGUGCUCUGAUACGAAUCCAAUGCAACCAGUGACAACGCUAAAGAGCCUUAAGGAUCCCAACUUUCUCUUGGACAAUAUAAGCAUGCGCUCUCAAAGUCCCAAUAAUAGCUUGUAUCAAUUGGACAGCGGCGCCUCCGGCAUUUACGCACGUCCCAAACCUCCACCAUAUAAGGGCGGUACUUUGGGACGCAAUGGCGUGGACAUUUGACAAUCAUCGGCCAGAGUGCUCUAUUGUUAAAGGUGCCUCGCCUCGUUCAGCAAGCAAUACUCAAAACUAACUUCUCUACAAUUCCCGGCAUAGCAGUCAGUAGAGAUGCAUUUAUUAGUAGCCAGCCAUAUCAUAGCCGCAUCGAAUUAAUCAUAAAUGUUUAUUAUAAUAAAUAGCGUAAUUUAGUUUGAUCUGUAACUUUGUUGCAAAUAAAUAUAAAAUUCCGCUAUGAUUCAAGAUA